CGUCUGCUUCUCGCACGACGAGUGGCGACGGCGUCCCAGGCGGGCAAAAAGACAAAUGAUUUUUUGGAAUUAAUGAACAAGACUCGAUCAACGGCAGCAUUCGAGCUGCCAACCCUCUCUCAUGACACAUGCUGUCUGGUACUUCGGCCACGCAACCUUUCUAUCCAUUGCCCUGUGGCCAGGGGACGCCGGGGACGGCUGCGCAACCUUCCACACGCCCUCCCCAGGGCCUGAACCUUGCACAUCCCCCACCCGCGUGCAUACCCUAUUCUUCGCCCCCCUUGUCUGCUGCCGGCCCGCCUCUAUCCUUUGCUCGUUCUUCCCUCAUCUUCACAGUGCCGCCAGCCCAACCCAUCCCAGGCUUACCCGAGAGCUUGACCCCUCCAGUUGUCAAUCGUCUCGAAUUGCGCCCGCUCGAUUCGGAGGGUCGAGGCGCUUGCCUGUCGACAGCGAGGUUCUUGGGCUGCCAUUCAGAGGGCGGGAGCAGAGGAUUGGUCUAAACCACUCGCAGCACCUCGGCUUGUCAUCCGCGACGUUGCGUGGCCAGCCCAUGUUUCGCAAUCAGGUGUCCACCUGACGACGACGCACACGACUGUCUUCAGCCUGGGAACAAGACAAACGACAAGGACAACAAAACCCCCUGACCUUUUUGGCGGCAUUUGAAGACGAUUCAGCCGCCUCAACGGCGGACCCGACCACUGCCCGCCAGCGCACAACAGGACGAUGGAUGCGAAUAGGAGUGAUGGUCCUCCAGGCGGAGGACAGUACGGCGAUGAAUGGGCUCACGAUUUGAGGGUGCAGUUUGAGCAACUUCUCCGGACAAAGCGAUUAACCGAGCUUCAAACUCGAUCUCGCCAAGGGUCUCCUGCGCCCACGGUCAGCGCCUCGUCU